AUGGUCUCGUCGAGUGCCCUCGCCGCUGUCGGCUACGCUUCCUUCGUCGUGUUCGGUGACUCGCUGUCCGACAACGGAAACGGAAGCUACAAGCUGACGAACAUGACGUGGCCCGCCGACAAGGCCUACUUCAACGGGCGCUUCAGCAACGGUCCGACCUAUGUCGAGUACCUCGCAAACGACCUCGGCAUCCCUGUGCUCCGAGAUCACGCAUACGGGGGCUCAACGAUCAACAACAGCUUCAUCGCCGGCGGUACGGGCUUCAACUCGACCAUUCCAGUCCCGGCCACGGCGGACCAGGUGCAAGCGUACUACAAGUCGGCGACGGACAAGCGCAAGAAUGCAAAAGACCUCGUCCUCAUCAGCGGUGGCAAUAACGACGCCUUCUUCCUGCCCACGGACAUGGACCCAAAGGAGGCCGCCCAGACGGCGGCGGCCGACCUCAUCAAGGUCGCAAAGACAGCCUACAGCCACGGCGCACGGCACUUUGUCCUUCCCGAAGCCUACUGUCUGGAGGAGAUCCCGUACGCAACUCAGGUUGCCCCCUCGGCAAAGGCCUAUCUGACGACCUUCAAGCAGGCCUUCAACGACUACCUCCAUCGCCACGCAAAGCGCCAGCUGCCAAAGGACAUUACCCUGACCAUCUUCAGGUCCUGCCGGGCGCUGAAUGACGUCAAGAAUCACCCAAAGAAAUAUGGCUUCGAGAACACUGCCGACGGCUGCCUCAGAGGUGUAUACGGGGGCGAGAACGUGCCCAGGACGCUCUGCAGCGAUCCGGACAAGUACUUUUUCUGGGACAUCUACCAUCCCACGACGCACACGCACAGGCUCCUUGCCGACGAGGCCAAGCGCGCACUCGGGGCACACCACACUCGCGCUAGGCUAAGCCGGCCCGUGGGCUUCUCAUCCGCUUAG